AUGGUCUCUCUCUCUCUCUUUCGACUGUGGAUUCGGCCCCUCCGUGAAGAGGGGUGGACAAGCCACUUGUUGAUACGCCGCCCUGGGCGGCAUUGUUCAGUUCGGCGGCUGGCCUCCAAGCGAAUUACUGGGAUAGGUGGUAAGGUACGAGGGACCCAGCUGCCCUCUCUUCGUGCUACCCGCUACGACGGUCGCGCGCCAUGUGUGCCGCGCAGAUCAGCGCUGUGGGACAGACGCCUUCGACGCUGCUUUGACACUGCACCGCCAACGCCGGCUGCGAAGGCUGUGCGAGAUUGCCAGUGGCAUGGCACCAUGCGGGAACAGCGGGGCGCUGCGCAGCCACCGGAGCAGAGGCACUCCACGAGGGUGGGCGGUGCCACUGAAGAGGGUGAUAAGGAUGGGGAUAUCGUGAGACACAGCUUGGGCGCGUCGUCCUCCACACCCAGCCCCCCUUUUCCAACGACGGAGAAGUUGAAUGAGCGCGGCUGUGAAUACGAGGGGAGGGGGCUACGUGAUCGAACAGGGGGGGGAGGAGGCGUUCAAUCAGAGCAGAGGCAGCGCGGGCGGCACCUUGUUACUCUCGUCAUCCUCCUCGAGGAGCUCGAGACGACACAGCACUGGCGCCGCGCCGACUGGAGUUGUCAUUCAUGCGGUGAGCGAUGUAGUUGUGCUACUAAUCAUCAUGGAACUGCUGCCUCAGGUGGGGCUGAAGGCGGGCGACAAUGGCGUACGUCACGCCUGCAUCCUCGUCAGGCGGCCGUGUCUCAGACACGCACUCGUGUGGGCCUCAGCACUCACCUUGGCUGCGUCAAAUCUGCUCUCCGCAACACCGAGCAUCCCUUUGUAGGGUUGCGUCUUCAGCCCUGGCCGACGUGUGCGAGGUGCGCGGCAGGCACACCGUACGUCCACUUUAGUGGAAGCUGAUUCGGCCGCCGGUGACGCCACACUCGCGGCACGGGUAUCAUCUCGUCUCCUGCGAGGAGUGCCUCUACGUGAUUGGUGGUCGAUACUGUGCUCAUGGCAAACGCACUGGCGCCGACAGACAUGAUAUACGCUGUGAGCAAGUGCGCCUGGCAACAGAUUCCUCCUCUCUUCCCGCAGCGCCUCUGCGCGGGGUUGGCCAAGAGUGAGGCCGUCACCACGACACCAUGGACUAUGUGGACCUCGUCUUUGUCUAGGCACCUCAUGGACAAGGUUGUCGAGGAUCCGGCUCUCGCAGUCCCGACAGGAAGUGCAGGCGAUGCGCAUCAGGUGUUGUACUACGUUGUCGGCCUGAACUCUUUGCAUCAGCUAAGGAGCACUUUCCAUCGUCUCUGGCUGCCGCGGGAGGUACUGAAGGAGCUCCCCCAAUACGGGGCCGUAUCACGAGAGCAGUUCAAGGGGAUUCGUGUGUGCGACGUGCAGCGUGGGCGCACCCCUGACGAGCGCCAAGGGGCGAGUGCGCGACAGGAUGACUCUCCUACAUGGAUCGAUUCCAGGGUGGACGCCCGAUGACUCCGUAUUGACGAGUGUACAAAUUGGCAACGGAGGUAUGGGUACACGUGUGCCCCUCACCCGACCUCGUGCGCAGCCAGAUGUCGCUGUGUCAGCCCGAGUUAGUGGAUACGGUGAAUGAGAGACCCGCUGGCGAGGCAGCUCUCUCGACACCAAUCUCUGUCCGACGAGCGAGCACCCAAUAGGUAAAGCGGUCUGUCACUUCUCUUCGACGGCUCGAGGUGGUGGGGCAGCAUGCCGGCUUUCCCCGAGAAGCAGCGCUGUUCUCGCAUGUGCUGCUCAUUCGACGCGAUGCAGCAGUUCUUUGACUAUUCGCACGCGUUGCCCGUGCCUGGGCUGACAGCGCGCUGCGUCGUGUUACUACCGUCUGCUGGUAUGCCCAUCGCCACUUCAGUGCUUCACUCAAAGGUGACGGGCGGCGAGGAGACGAGAACGCUGCCGGACGGUGCCGCCGCUCCCCUCUUGGUCACCUACCAGGGGGGCCUCAAAAAUACAGCGCGCGAAGUGUGGUGCAUGGCCGGGUGUGUUGCAGCGAAAGCGAGGACUGGUGCGAUGCCGAACAGAACAGCCUCACGGAGCCGGUGGGGUGGCUUGAUUGGCUUACCUUGUGCCGGAUCUCUCUUACGGAGGUAG